AUGUGGUUGUGGUGUUCGUGGUUUAUUGAUAAAGUUUUAUUACUCUAUCAAUUUGUAUUAAUUCAAUACAAAGGUAUUCGAUUUAAUUUGGAUGCAAAAUAUGCAACUAAACAAAACAUAAAUCAAAAAACAUUAUUUAACUUAUUAAAACAAAAUAAAAAUACAAAAUUUUUAAAAGAUCAAUGUAAGAAAUCCAAACUAGAUGGUGAUGAAGAGAACAUUAAAAAUAUUGAACAGUUUAAAAAAUUAUUUCCAAAAUUUACAAAAUAUUCUGAUUAUAAACCAUAUGUUGAUGAAAUUAUGAAUAAUGGUAAUAGUAAAGAUAUUAUAAGUGUUGGCUAUCCAAUUGCAUUAACAAAUACAAGUGGCACAAGCGGUGAUCCGAAAAAUUAUCCAGUGUAA